UCCUUCUUAAAAAAAAAAAAAAAAUUCUUUGGAGAAGCUGAUUUCCUUUGGCAAGCACGAGAAAGUGAAGAAAAUGAAGCCAAGUCUGCGAUUUUUCUUAGCUGGUUUUCUGUUGCUGAUUCUGCAGACGGGGCUUUGCUAUGGGAUAAAAUGGAUAGCCCUGUCCAAGACUCCUCUGGCUUUGGCCCUGAACCAAACCCAGCACUGCAAGCAGCUGGAGGGCCUGGUGGUUUCCCAGGUGCAGCUGUGCCGCAGCAACCUGGAGCUGAUGCAGACCAUCGUCCAGGCGGCGCGGGAGGUGAUAAAGACCUGCCGCAAAACCUUCUCGGACAUGAGGUGGAACUGCUCCUCAAUAGAGCUGGCUCCUAACUACCUGCUGGACUUAGAGAGAGGCACAAGGGAGUCAGCAUUUGUGUAUGCCCUCUCUGCUGCUGCCAUCAGCCACACCAUUGCCAGAGCCUGCACCACCGGGGACCUCCCUGGCUGUUCCUGUGGUCCCAUCCCAGGUGAGACACCUGGACCUGGGUAUCGAUGGGGAGGAUGUGCAGACAACCUCAACUAUGGUCUUAUCAUGGGGUCCAAAUUUUCAGAUGCUCCCAUGAAGAUGAAAAAAUCAGGAUCACAAGCCAAUAAACUGAUGCAUCUGCACAACAGUGAAGUAGGGAGACAGGUCUUGAAAGCCUCUCUUGAAAUGAAAUGUAAGUGCCAUGGAGUUUCUGGGUCAUGCUCCAUCAAGACCUGUUGGAAAGGCCUUCAAGAGCUGCGAGACAUUGCACUGGACCUCAAAACCAAAUAUUUGUCUGCCACCAAGGUUGUUCACCGGCCCAUGGGCACACGCAAAUACCUCGUGCCAAAGGAUAUUGAUAUCAGGCCAGUCAAAGAGACAGAGCUGAUUUACCUGCAGAGCUCACCUGAUUUCUGCAUGAAGAAUGAAAAAGUGGGGUCACAUGGGACCCAGGACAGACAAUGCAAUAAGACUUCCAAUGGGAGUGACAGCUGUGACCUGAUGUGCUGUGGCAGAGGCUACAACCCCUACAUGGACAAGGUGGUGGAGCGCUGCCACUGCAAGUACCACUGGUGCUGCUACGUGACCUGCAAAAAGUGCGAGAGGACUGUCGAGAGAUACGUGUGCAAGUGAAAACCCUCCUCUGCCCACCUGGGAGCUGAGACACCCAGCACUGCAAAGAGAAAACGUUUCCUUCACUCGGCAUCGUCUAUCUUGUAAAGACACACACUUGGGGAGAGAUGGUAGGAGGAGAAGCAGCAAUCGCACCAGUGAAAAUAAGAACGUAAAAAAAAAACUCCCAGAAAGCAACACACCCACCCAAAUGUUUCCCCCCUCACCAAUAAAAUGCUCUCUGAGAAGACAAAACCUCAUGUGGGAUGAUAUCUUCUUCCAAAAUAUUUUCUACAGUUGCCAAUUAUGUCCAGCCAUCAAGUGCCUUAGUAUCCUGAGAAUUAAAUACAGAAACUUUCUCUGGGGGGAAAAAAAAACAACAUUUGUUUGACAGUAACUAAGGCUCACACCUGCCUAUGCCUUCCAGCACAGAUACUGAGUCUCCAUUUGGACCAUCCCAGAAGAGAAAAUGCUACAACUUUUCAGCAAUAACUGCCUUUGUUGCCAAAGACUUAAUUUUCAGCAGGGAAUCAUCCACUUGGAGUCAUAAAAGUGGGAAGAUUUCAAGUCAAUUCCCUGAAAUGAACAACUAAUUUUAAUCUUUCUUUUACACAGGUCUGUGACUUUGAUCUCAUUGCUGAAGGAAAAUAUGUCCUUGAUUCGUCCAGGCUGGAAAAAAAGUCAGCCAUGAAAAAGAAUCCCCUGGAAUCCUGGAGGGAAUGAGAGUAGGGUAGGCUGAGAAGGACUUUAUGGGGUCCACAAGCCAAUAGUGGAGCCAUUAGGAUAAAGUAACAAAGUGAAGUCCAAGUCCAGUGGAAAGUAAAGGAAAAAAGCAAGCUCCCGCUCUCUAUCUCUUUGCUCUUUGGGUGUGAUACCCUUAGUCACUGACAUUCUUCCACUUUGACCCAUCAAGUCCUUGGGGAAAUAUGCCACUGGCUUUUCCCUCCACAAAACUAUUGGUCCAACCUCAGGAAACUGCAGAGAAUGGAGCAGCCCUGGCUGCCGUGGAAGUCAGCAGCUAUUCCCAGCAGGAAGGAAUGGGAAUGUGUCAGUCCUUCACAUGGCCCUGCCCUGACACACCAGAGAACCACUAUCUGUGGCUGUACAUAUUUUCUUUUGUAUGCAGAUAUACAGAAAUAUUUAUAUCUUGUGCUUUCAUCUACUUUACUUCCUACGUAAAUAUAUCCUUAUAUUAUAAACAGGCAUUAACAAUAGUAUGAAAUAAAUGCUGAAGUUACUGGUGCAACAGCAAAAUGUUAGAUUAUGGUUUCACUCUUCUGCUUGGAAAGCAAUUCCGAUUUUCCUCCCAAGGA